GCUAGUUAGCUGGUGAUCGAGACACACCGUCAAGUUGGUUCAUGAUGGAUCGGGACUCGGAUCCCAUCAUAGCAGCCAAUGACAGCUCAGAGAGCCUCGAUGCGGACGCUGACUUCAUCGCUAACUAUGGCACAUUCGAAAUUGACGAGAACGAGGGUGACGACUACGGACGGGACGAGGUCGACGAACCUCACGAGGAAGAGGAGGAGGAAAGCAACGACGAUGACACCCGUAAACUUGUCAUCAACGGCAAUGGGUAUAGGAGGCGAGGCGAUUCGGGAGCAUCCUCCAAUAAAGGCGUUACCACGGAUACAAAGGACUACCGAGAUGAUGAAGAGGGUAUCAUUGGGAGCAUUUUAGGGGCGGAGCUUGGGGACAGUUUGCCAGGGGAGGAGAUUCGGGAGAAAGAGAAUGGAGAACGGCUGGACGCUAGAGAAGGAGAUUCUGACAACGAAGCAGAUGAAGGGCAAAGAGGAGUGCAUGACAAGGAGUUUGAACUGGAGGACAGUGGAGCUGACGCAGAGAGGCGCCAGCCAGAGGAGCUUCAAGACACGGGAGCAGAGUGGAAGGAGCAAGGAAACGAUGAUGCAGAGGACAGCGACGAUGAUGCUAAGCGAGAGGACGAACCUGAGAACAUCACCCUGGAGACGGUCGUCAGUGACGAGGACCGUGAAACAGACCCCUCAACGAUGUCGGCCGUUAGCGAGGAGCAAGCCGAAGAGGAAAAUGACGACCCAGACGCAGCCCCCAAGCGAUCGUCCAAGACCCUAGCCAUUUCCAUCAGCAUGGUCAAGACCUCGCAAGUCUGCGCAGACGGGGUCGACAGGCAUCUGCCCCCCGAGCAGAUCGUCCUGGAGAGGUUGAGGAAAGAGACUGACUCGUCUUCAAGUUCCUACGACGAGAAGAAGGAACCGGAGGGGGAGAGGGUACGGGCCUACUCCAAGAAUCAAGGGCACCUGUCUAUCGGUCGGCCCAAGGACUUCCACCGGACUGGGUCCUUAUUCAGCGAUCAGUCGGACCGAGCCAGCCAGGCCGUGGACAACUGGGAGUGGAUUGAGGAACCCGACCCGCUGGACAGCACAGACACACCAACUGCUAACAUCCGGUCCUUUGCCAGCACCCACUCUGAGCCCAAGGGAUUCCGGGAGGUCGGCCGAGGGGUGUUCCUGCCCCACCAGAAGCUGGAAGUAUCUGUGGUAGACUGUGGACGCGUCUCAGCCUCCCAGUACCUCAACCCUAACCUGUACUUCGUUGAGGUGAAGCACGGCACGUGUAUAUGGACAAUACAGCGGCGCAGCAGUGAUUUCUUCAAACUUUAUGAGGAGAUGUUGCUGUACAAAGCCCGACUCGCCAUACCUAUCGGCGACCGUGGCCACCUUCAAAGGCGACGAACAUUCAGGGCCCACCGCGAUAAGGAUUUGGCGCAUUUCCCAAGGACGCCAGAUGCUUUUGUGAGAGCUCAGCAAUUACCCAAGAGAAUGCAUCAAUACGAAAUGUACUUGAAGAGCUUAGUGAGCAACCCCCUGUACCGAAACCAUCCUCAGACGCUUGAGUUCUUGGAAGUUAGCCACCUUUCAUUUGUUGACGAACUGGGAGCAAAAGGAAAGGAAGGUUGGAUACAGAAGAGGUCAGGAGGUCACCGAGUGCCCAUCACCAGGUGUUGCCCUUGUCUGGUGUGUACAGACUGCACCAAGGUUGCAGCUCAUUACAGUAAAAGGUGGUUGGUAACCAAGGAUUCCUUUGUUGCCUACGUCAGACCCAGUGAUGGUCACCUCCGUGCCGUCAUGCUGGCUGAUAAGGACUUUGACGCCAAGUGGGGUAUCGAGGAAACCAGUUUGAAGACGGGCCUUAUCAUCUCCAACCAGUACAGGAAGCUGUUGGUCAAGUUUGACACAGUGCCCAUGGCCAGGCAGUGGAUGGUGGAGAUUAUGGAGAUGAUCUCAAAGUCGGAGUACACAGACGAACACCGCUUCAACGCAUUUGGCCCAGAGAGAACCGACACUUACGGCAGAUGGUUCGUGGAUGGGUCCAAGUACUUUGAUGCCUUGGCUGAUGCGCUAGAGCAGGCCGAGCAAGAGAUCUUCAUCACGGAUUGGUGGCUGAAUGCCGAGAUCUACCUGAAGAGACCCGCUGUGGAGGGACCCUACUGGCGAUUGGAUAACAUCCUGCACAGGAAAGCGGCACAAGGUGUCAAGAUCUUUGUGCUGCUGUACAAGGAGGUAGAUGUUGCCAUCGAGUUGGGAAGUAGUCACACCAAGCACGUACUCAUGGGCCUGCAUCCCAACAUCAAGGUGAUGCGGCAUCCAGACCACAACCCCGGCCAAGUCAUCCUGUGGGCCCACCACGAGAAGCUGGUGGCGGUGGACCAGAAAGUGGCCUUCGUGGGCGGCCUGGACAUCUGCUACGGCCGCUGGGAUGACUUCAAACAUCGCCUGACCGAUGUGGGCUCAGCUCUGGUGGCCAAUAGGAAUGCGUCGCUGCAGCGGCAGCAGCCACCUCCUCAGUCCCCCCGCUCCCCAACGACUCCCGACAUAGAAGACGAAGGAGGCUACUUCCGUCGGCCCAGGCUGAAGAGCGCCACCGUCUACUUCAAGAACCCCAUCAAGCGGCUGCGCCAGGAAGAGGUCCAGCAGACCAGGGUGGACGAGAAUAUGGACAAGCUGGGAGUAUUCGGCACGCCGAAACUCUGGAUCGGCAAGGAUUACUGCAACUUCAUCGCCCAGGAUGUGCUGGCCCCGCAGGAGUCCCUACAAGAUUCGGUUGAUCGCAUGAAAACACCCCGCAUGCCGUGGCAUGACAUAGGCACAUGCUUGUAUGGCAAAGUAGCCGCUGAUGUGGCCAGGCACUUCAUCCAACGCUGGAACUUCACCAAGAAAGAGAAAGCUGAAAGGCUGAACCACUAUCCACUGCUGCUUCCCAAAUCCACGACUUCCAUGGAGGUGAAGGAGGAGCACAAGACCAACUCCGAACCUUGCAAAUGUCAGUUGUUGCGCUCUGCCUCUAAGUGGUCCGUAGGCAUCAAGCACACAGAGGAUUCCAUACAGAAAGCUUACAUCAAGAUGAUAGGAGAAGCUAAGCACUACAUCUACAUUGAGAACCAGUUCUUCAUCACAAUUCACGACACUCAUGAGGUAACUAACGGCAUUGCUGACGCUCUCUUCCAGCGAAUUCUGAGAGCAUUUGAAAAUAACGAGACGUUUCGAGUCUACGUAUUCCUGCCCCUCCUGCCGGCAUUCCAAGGUGACGUCGGGGAGGCAGGCGGGGGCGCUAUUCACGCCAUCCUUCACUGGGAGUACCAGUCCAUCUGUCGUGGGAACAAGUCACUGCUUGGACGCAUGUUGCAAGCCGGAAUCAGAGACCCACGCAAGUUCCUGACCUUCUACGGCCUGCGCACCCACGACACGCUGAACGGCGAGCUGGUGACCGAGCUGGUCUACAUCCACUCCAAGCUGAUGAUCGUGGACGACCGCUCCUUCAUCUGCGGCUCGGCCAACAUCAACGAGCGCAGCAUGCUGGGCAAGCGGGACAGCGAGCUGGCGGUGCUGGUGGAGGACACGGAGAUGAUCCCCAGCCGCAUGAACGGGAAGGAGUACAUGGCUGGCAAGCUGGCCUUCGGGCUACGGGAAUGGCUGUUCAAGGAACAUCUGGGGGUGCUGCAGGGCCACGGGGAGAUUGACGUGACUGAUCCUGUGUCGGAUGCCUUCUACAAAGGCGUGGUCAUGAAGCUGGCUAGCGAUAACACGGCCAUCUACGAGCAGGUGUUUCGCUGUUUGCCCUCCAACUCAGUCACCUCAAGUGCUGCCGUCCACGAGUACAAGAAAGUCACCCCGCUGUGCAAGACAGACCCCAAGGCGGCCCUGCAGCUGCUGAAAGACAUCCAGGGCUACAUCACCUGGAUACCGCUAGACUUCCUGAAAGAUGAGAAUCUGCAACCCAAGCUGACCUCACAGGAAGGGAUAGCGCCCACCAAACUGUGGACGUAGGUCUCGGGUUUCGAGUUACGAUGGAAAUUUCAUGUAAAGGUAAAGGUAUCCCAUAGCGAUUACUGGCCAUAGGGGCAGUGGGACGUUAGAAGUCCACUGUGUCAUGGACGUAGGUUUCUGGUUUUGAGUUACGGUGGAAUUUUCAUGUAAAGGUAAAGGUGUCCUAUAGCCAUUACUGGCCGUAGGGGCAGUGGGAUGUUAGAGGUCCACUGUGUCUUGAAUGCGCCCAGUCCUCUCCUCUCGCCCCCCCCCCCCCUAAGA